UCUCUGCCUUUUAGUAAAUAAAUACCCUUUGCAUUGCGCGUUCGUAACCCUUUUCAAUCUCCGUCGUCCAUUGUAGAAUUUUCCGAAAUCCAUUUGUUCCAGAAAUUCUGCUCUUGCUGAUGGCGUCUCCCUCGCAAGCUAGUCUGCUUCUGCAAAAGCAGCUUAAAGAUCUAUGCAAGAACCCUGUGGAUGGAUUUUCGGCGGGUUUGAUGGACGAGAACAACCUAUUUGAAUGGAGUGUUACCAUAAUUGGACCUCCGGAUACUCUAUACGAAGGAGGUUUCUUCAAUGCUAUCAUGAGCUUUCCCCCAAAUUACCCAAACAGCCCUCCCGCAGUGAGAUUUACUUCUGAGGUUUGGCAUCCAAAUGUUUACCCAGAUGGGAAGGUUUGCAUUUCAAUACUUCAUCCACCAGGAGAUGAUCCAAAUGGUUAUGAACUUGCUAGUGAACGGUGGUCACCUGUCCACACGGUGGAGAGUAUUGUUCUAAGCAUCAUAUCUAUGCUGUCAAGUCCCAAUGAUGAGUCUCCUGCUAAUGUUGAAGCUGCUAAGAUGUGGAGAGAACAAAGGGAAGAUUUCAAGAAGAAAGUUAGCCGCUGCGUAAGAAAAUCGCAAGAAAUGCUGUAAACAGAAUCCAUCCUUCAAAAAUGGAAGAAGAGAUUCCGGUGGUACCCUACCCCUACCCUGCCCAAGAAUUUGGUAUUGUUUUUUGAGCAGUAGCAACUUGUGCAGACAAUGCAAUUUUAUGAAAAUGACCAUGAUUUCUUUUGCUUUU